GUGUGUGUGGCUCAGUACUACAGAGUGAGUUUGUACGAGUGCGUCGUCGCCAGCGUGUGUGUGUGUGUGUAAGUCAUACAAUUUUAUUGGAUUUUAUUUGCACUGCAGCAACUACGCCAUAAGUCAUUGCACCAUUAUAAAUUCCUUUUGCUGUGCCCAAUCGAUUCCCAUUGUGCCGAAGGAAGCUCAACCGCGAGGUGGAAAAAAAAGGACGAGUUAUACAAAUAUGCAUUCUGAUUGUGAGAUGGAGGAAGAGGACUUCUGCGAUUCCGACAUAAAAGAGGAAAAGUCUAAGGAAGUUGAAAAUCUACGUGCAAACAUUUAUUAUGCUCCACAUUUGAUCGCUCAAUUAGGCGACUUGCUCUUGGAUCGAUAUUAUGUGGAGUGUUUGCUCUCCGAUGGCUAUAUGUCAAACGUUUGGCUUUGCUGGGAUUUGCAAGCAAUGCGGCAAGUGGUCAUUAAGAUCGCAAGAGAAGCUAAUACAAAUAAUGCAAUGAUAGGUGUUGAGAAGGAUACUUUAAAAGAACUCUCUCGAUUCGAUCUUAAGAGUCCACAUCGUGAUAGAAUUGUGGAAAUGUUCGACGACUUUUUGUUGGUGACUCCGCGAGCAUCGCUAUGCUGCCUUGUACUAGAGGCAAUGGAUGGUACGGUGAUGGAUCUGAUAGGGCGAGAUAAACGCUUGCCUUUGAUGACGGUCAAGAACAUAUCUAUGCAAAUAUUCGAGGGUCUGGUCUUUCUGCACAAAUGCCAUAUCAUUCACACCGACAUCAAGCCUGAGAAUGUAUUCUUCACCUAUAUUGACGAGCGUCGCCCGGUUGUUCGGAUUAAGAUUGGCGAUUUUGGCAAUUCGUUCAGUGAGUAUAGACAGACAUCGGCUCUUAUACAAACGCCACCUUAUCGGUCAGUUGAGGUUAUUCUGGGCGCUGGCAUUUCUAAAUCCUCGGACAUUUGGAGCGUUGGUUGCAUGAUCUUCGAAAUGGUUACCACCAAGUAUCUGUUUGAUUUUGAUUGCACGGACUUUAUCAAGUCCAAUCGAGAGCAUCUUAAAUUAAUGACUGAGCUUUUGGGUCCCAUUCCAAUUCAUUUAAUAUCUAAGGGAAAGUAUUCUCAAAUGUAUUUCGAUGCAAACUGUCGUCUUAUUAACAUCGACAAUCUAUAUCCCGAAUGCAUACUCGAUAUUCUGAUAGAAGUCUACCGUAUUCCCAUAUCUGAUGCGGAGCCACUGGCUUGGUUUUUGGAAUACACGUUGCAGAUGGAUCCGAUGGAGCGACCAACUGCUGAGCAAUGCCUUUCACAUGAUUGGUUAUCCUAAAGUCAGUUUGUUUUCAAAGACGUAAUGCAAAUGAGCUGAGAACAAAAGGACUACAACAUCUAAUGAAAACCUAAUUACUGUUACUGCUGAGCUUAUGGCAUUAGUUUGGAUUCGCUUCCGUGCUGUAAUUUAAUAUAUUCUUAACAAAGGAUACAACUAAGGCUGUCUUAUCUCUGACUAAUCUAAAAUUCACCGCCGUGGGCGCAGUCAUGUGAAAGUGUAAAAAAACGA